AUGGUGGUUGUUCUCACUCACAUCUCCACUUCCUCCCACCAAAUCUCCCCUUCCUUCUUCCAUCUCCGCCUUGGCACUUCCUCCCCUUCUCGCCCCAAACUCGCCGGAGGAGGAAGAGGAUCCUUCGGAGGUUUCUCCUUGUCAAUCCGAGCUUACAUAGAGAAACCCAAUUCCAUCUCCAGCUUCGCUAACAAAGUCAUCGGCUCGCUUCCUGUAAUCGGACUCCUCGCAAGGAUUCUCAGCGAUGAAGGCGGCGUCGGAAGAGAUCUCGUCGAUUUCGCUGAGUUUAGGAAACGAAUUGGGAAUAAAUGUACCCCUCAGGAUUCUAGGGCUUUCUUCGAGUUUCAACAGAGAAGAGGAAAGGCAGGGGAACCUUUGUAUGUGCUUUUGUGUUGUUGGGUUGCUGCAGUAGGUGCAGGGCUUCUGAAAUCUGAAGAGAUUCUUGAAGGUGUUACUAGGGUUAGCAUUUCGAAUGAUCUCGAGUUCGAAGAACAAAACUUUAUUGCUUUGAUGACCGAAGCAAGACAGAGAAGGGCAAAGUUGAAUGUUGCAGCGCCAACAAUCCCGAUGGAAAUAAGAGUCGAAAAGGCUCUUGAAGGUAUUUAUGCUUGUUGCUUCAGGAGGGGAGUUAUCGAAGAAGAAGAUGAGCAGCUUCUUCAAGUGAUGCUAACCGCGGUUUUCCCAUCGGUUGAGAAAUCUGAGAUAGAGAGAAUCAUCCGAGAGAAGGCGACGAGGGUCGCGGAAGGAGGAGAAGAAGAGAAUCUCAUGUCCGAGAAACGGCUGCCUAAAGAAGCUAUUCAAAUGCAAAUGAAAGAUCUUGAGUUCCUUCAACAACAAAAAAUAGAAUCUUAA